AUGAAUAAAUGCAUAAAAUUUGCAGCACUUUUCCAGCUCACUGGCUGCAAGAGAACUCCAGCAGCUAAGCUGGGAAACACUUGCAGCCCAUAGAUUUUCUCAGAUAAGCCUUAAUCAAAGGAUAUAUACAGUGAUAUCAAAUUUAAAUCAAUUUAUCAUGCUAGGCCUUAAGGGAAGAGAUAGCUGCUAUCUUUUUCUUUACCCUGCCUCCCUCCGUAAGAGUAAGUCAAGGAUUGAAAUCAAGGUGUGGUCCUUCUCCAUGACCUACCGCUGUGUUAUCUUGCACACAACAUAAGUGCCUCAGUUUCCCUCUGCACAUCACAGUGGACACGAACUCGUCUAGCUGUUGAGAUACUUGGAGGAGAGCACCUCCUCAUACGUAACUUACUAGGACUCGGUGCAGAACAAGGCUGACAGUUUUGUGGUUGCUGCUGCAGGUGACCGGAGGAGUCUGGACUUUCAGCCGCAUCUGUUGUGAUAUCUUCGUCACCAUGGAUGUAAUGAUGUGCACAGCCAGCAUUUUAAACCUCUGUGCUAUCAGCAUUGACAGUGCUGCCAACUAAUUCCGAUUUCCUCUGUUCCUCCCCCCAACGCCCCGUUUACCAUUUCUAUAAAUUGCUGAUUCCACCAUCUGAUCUUCUCUCCUUUUCUCUUCCAUUUCUUCACCACGUUCACCAUCAUGUUCCCUACAUGGCUUUCAUUUCUCCUUUUAAAACCUGGUCCUUUUCCUCCCUCCAUUCUUACCUCUCCUCUUCCUGGAGCUGGUUUGGUCCACAGAUACACCGCAGUGGUGAAACCAGUUCAGUACCAGUACAGCACCGGGCAGAGCUCCUGCAGGAGGGUGUCUCUCAUGAUUGUGAUAGUCUGGAUGCUGGCAUUCGCAGUGUCGUGCCCUCUCCUCUUCGGCUUCAAUACUACAGGAACACAUGGAGAGAAAAGCUUUGCCAAACAGAAGCCAAGGCACCUUUUCCCCCUGUCUCCCACUCAAAUGCUCAGGCCAGGAGACGUCUACCAAAAGGAAGCUGCUGACUGCCUUCAGCCUGCAGCGGUACCGCAGCUUCUGCCACGAGGCAUCCCUCACCAAGGCACCAGGGACUACACAACACAGCAGGCUGGAAGAGAGGAGAAAGAGUACGAAGCCAGGACUGGAGGUACGGAGGCUCAGCGAUGGCAAAACCAUCAGCUCUUUGAAGCUAGCGCAGCAGCAGCCCCGGCUGAUCCAGCUUCGGGAGAGGAAGGCUACGCAGAUGCUAGCUAUUGUCCUGGGGGCAUUCAUAGUCUGCUGGCUGCCCUUCUUCUUGAUUCACAUUCUCAAUGCCCACUGCCCGUCCUGCCACGUGCCCCCAGGGCUUUACAGUGCCAGCACCUGGCUUGGCUACGUGAACAGCGCUCUCAACCCCAUCAUCUACACAACCUUCAACACCGACUUCCGCAAAGCCUUCCUCAAGAUCCUCUGCUGCUGACCGCGGGGCCGGCACCGGGCUGCACGGGCUGCGGUUUGGAGCAGAAGCAAACCGGCGAGUCGCUCGGCGUUGGGCACAGCGGUGCCGAGAGGCAGACCCGGCGUGCGGUGGAGGAUCAGCCGCCGCAGACGUGCCGGUCCCUGGGAGCUGCCAGGCUCGCAGAGCGCACGGGACCCAAGAGGACACGGACCCAAUCUCCCCCACCUACGUGCUGGGAACGCAUUUGCCCUCCCGCUGCUGGAGCCUCCGCCCGGGGAAGGCACCCAGCUCACGCGCAGCAGUCCUAGUAAGAGGGCGGAACAUCGCCUCUUUGAUAAGGAUCCCGAUCCCUUUGAUCGGGAGCCAAGAGCAAAAAUUCGGCAAGGAAACUUAGAAACGGAGCGCCGAUGGAGAAACGACGACAUCCCUGUUGUCUCCAUCAAAAGGUUUGCCCAUAAAACUGGGUCAGUCUCAGUGCUUGAGAAAAUUGCCCCAGUUGCAAAUGAAACCUUCCCCUGUGCUGCCAGCUUGUAUUUUAUUGCUCCUUGCAAGGUAGAGAGGUGGCUACCAUCCCUCUGGUAGGUCAGAUCACAUGAGAAGUGCCACACUUAUCACAGUGUCCCCUCUCUUCCAAACCCACGGACCAGCGGUAGAUUGGCCACUACUGAACUACCACAUACCCAGUCAUCAGCUGGGGCCACUAAAUAAUGAGCAAGGCCUAGGAUAGCUCCAGUCAUGCCUGCGAUAGAUUCAAACCUGGUUUUUCAGCUGGGGCAGGUGGCAUGCACCCAGCCUCAAAACUUGUUCGUAGUCUUUUUGGAACCAAUCUGUUUGCGCUGCUCUCCUCAUCGGGAGCACUGCUAGAUGAAGGGUUUGUCCCGUCUGACUGCUGCGAUAACUCCUGUGAACACCCACGCCGGGGGAAGAGCUGUUUCAGUAACAUCCCUCCCAGUACGAAAGGACGUGUGCCUCAGGAUCAGACCCAGGACUCUCCCUGGCUCCCCUCGCCCAUAUACCUGUCGGCACACAGGGCGUCCGUACACCCCAGCUUCCAGGAGCUGGCCAAAUACAGCCCUGCCGACAGUCUCCUUUCCCAGCAGUAUUUUACAAAGCCAUCUCCAGUAGUUCCUGGGUGAAAACACCAGAAAAGCCCUGCCGUACCACGUAAGCUGGUCUCAUGUCAGAGCACCCUAAUGCUCGUCUCCUUGUAUAAACAAACGUGACCUGGGACAGCCUCAACACGUUUCUUUCAUUUCCCCCCCUUGCUGUACUGGAUCAGCUCUCACUCCCAAGACUAAGCUUAGCUGUGCUGUUAGCCGCGCUCGUUUGACAGCUUUGGGUGUAACUGUGUGCUGUCUCUGCCUGUGUCCAUGCCACAGCUCCUCCGUCUGGGAAGGGCUUCCUCUCUUUCCUAAUAUAAAGCCCAAACCAUUGUCCUCAGCCUCUGGAGCACGUAGCAGAGCUCUAGCUUCUUCUUUUGUUUGUCUGGGUUUUGGGAGGAGGUGCUCGUGGACAGCAUGUGCUGUUGGCUUGGGGAGGUGCCCUCCAUACUGCAUUGUAACUGGAUUAGUCCAAUAAAAUACAGAUGUAAUUGGAAGUUUUGGUACCUUUGUGGUGAACGUAGCCCUCCCAUAAGCCUU